AACAACACGGCUGCGAAGGGGCCGGGCCUAGAGGGGGAAAAAAAACCUCUGUUCUGGCAAGGGCAGCGGCGACAUCCCUGGCAGGCGGAACAAUCCUCGUGACAAGAAUGUCCCGGCAGGCGAACAGGGCGACGGAAAACAAAAAAAUCAGUUCAGAGCUGUUCUCUCUCACAUACGGAGCACUGGUGACCCAGCUGUGCAAGGACUACGAGAAUGAUGAGGACGUCAACAAGCAGCUGGACAAGAUGGGUUACAACAUUGGUGUUCGGAUCAUCGAAGACUUUCUGGCCCGCUCUAACAUUGGCCGGUGUAACGAUUUCCGGGAAACGGCUGAUGUCAUAGCCAAGACGGCUUUCAAAAUUUACUUGGGUGUGACUCCGACUGUGACCAACUGGAGUCCAGCUGGUGAUGAGUUCUCACUGCUGCUGGAGACCAACCCGCUGGUGGACUUUGUGGAGCUUCCAGACAACCACUCCAACCUGGUGUACUCCUCCAUGCUGUGCGGAGUGCUGCGCGGAGCCCUGGAGAUGGUGCAGAUGGCGGUGGACGUGCGGUUCGUUCAAGACUCCCUCAAAGGCGACGGCAGCACGGAAAUCCGCCUCAAGUUCCUCAAGAGGAUCGAGGAGAACAUUCCGGCGGGAGAGGAGUAACCGGCCUGGCCACCGCCCGCGGUCUUUUGCUCCACACGGGGGGGGUGACGAGCGUUCGGAGAGGACGGCAAGGGAGAGCGACUCAAUAAUUUAACGGGGCUUCACGCUGACGGAUGCUGUUCUUUUUUUUGGAGUAAGGUGCACCCCAGAAAACAAAUCUCCUCUUGUGAAUCUUGUAGGUAUACGAUGCAUACAAUCUCUGUUUCACUGACUGCAUGACAUCAAAGCCUCGGAAGUGGUUGAUAAUUUUUCAUGGUGAUCUGGUGCGUCGUGAUGUCACUGUGAUGUCGUUUUCACCCAUAAAUCACAGCUGUAAUAUCUUGAAGGCGAUGACUGGGUGCUUGUCCAUAUUUGUUCAUUUGUUGGGGUUUUUUUUUUCAUCGACUAAAGCUUGGGUACAUAUCGACAAUAUAAAAAGCCAGUUUAUUUUCUUGGUCCCAUCUUGCUUCAUGUUAUAACAUCGCACCUCCGAUUAGCACGGUUGGCUACGUACGGUGGGAAAGAUGUUCAACGUACAUAACGUAGGUUAUUUUAGCAGUAAUAUCUUGUGAAAUUAUCAGAUUCCAUUCCUAAAGUUAAACCCUUGGUGGUUUGUAUACAUGCGUCAUCAUUCGGGCCAUAGAUUUUUCCACCGUUUGUCAGUCAGUCUCGCUUCCUGCGAAUGAUUACAUUUAACCAAACAAGACCCGAUCACCUUUGACCCCAUCAAUCGCCAAUGUGUACAGAUUUGUAAAAUAGUAAGGCAUUUACUUUCACAGCGGCGAUUCUUGUUAAUUGCAAUAAAUAAGGUCACUUACAAUGA